CGGGCUUGUCCAGGCCAGGAUUCGCCUGCACUUUUCUCCUCCGCAGUCUCUCUCCACUGCAGUGAGAGGAAGGAGCAUCGGCGGCGCCGCCGACCUCAAUCGGCUCCGUCGGCGGCAGCCACCCUCGACCUCGAAUCGAGCUUGUUGGCGGCGGUGUCUGAUCGGAAGGAGAGGGGAACAACCUGCCACCCCCCCUCUGCACCGUGUCACCGGCCAGGUAAUGGUCUCCCUCCUCCCUCCCUCCCUCCCGCGCCCGCCCAUCCCCGCCGCCCUCAGCUGCCCCUCCGGAUCCCUCCCUCCGGCCCCUCUCCUUCGGAUCCCGCGCCUCCGCCUCCUUCACUCACCGUCGACGGCGACGCCCUCCGCUGCUCCACUUAGGGCCCCCGCGUCCUUCAUCCGCGCGAGGGCGGGUCCGCUCUUCCCCGGCAUCAGCAGAUCUUCAUCAGCGACAGCGAGUUGCUGAAGUUCAAAUUGGGCAAUGGAUCUGGACACAGAGAAUCGUCUAGCUUCAUUACUCCUUGAAGAAGCACGGAGAUUACAGUUAGAGGCUGACAGGGAAGGUGUUCAUGCAUAUCUGCGAAAGCCCAAUGUUAGGCAUCGUCCAAACUCCCGUUUCCUCACAGCCACAGUUCGUGGAGUUCAACAAGCAAACCGUGUUGUGGAGGUUGAUGAAAUGUGGCAUGCCAGGGAGAAGGAACUUGAACUUGAGUCUAAGCUGAAAAGAAGAAAUAAAGAGCGUGGUGACUCUAGAGGGGAGAAACGCAAAGGUGACUCGAGAAAUAUGAGUUCCAACUCAAAGAUUGAAGAAGAAACCACUUAUAAUAGUUCUUACUCAGACCAGGAUGAUGGUCUAGGGGAUGAUGAAAUUGAAAAGUUUCUGCAUUCAAGGAUAAAGCGAGGAAGAGGUGCCGUUGGCUCUAGGAUGGAUGAACCUGGUCCAUACCUAAAGGCUUCAUCACAUUGUCGAGACGAAGAACCUAGCCCGGAUAUACGUUUGGAAGAAAAAUGGGAACGGCGAGUACAAGGUCCGGAGAGGCCACUGUUUUUGAGAUCCAAGUCUCCUGAUGAUUGCUGGCAUAAGGAAACAUUGGACGAUAAGCCAUCCAGCUCUUCUGAACCACGCAGAAAAAAGGAAAAUAAAAAGGAGAGGAAAUCAGAGAAAAAAGAGAGAAAGGAGAGAAAAGAUAAGAAGAAAUCUAAGCAUCGGCACCGCCACCACCAUCACAAAAGCCGAAGAAGGGAGUGAUGUGCCUGGAAAUCCAUUUCUGCACCCGAGCUCAUCUGCACCCGCGCCGACGAAAAAAAUCAAAACAAAUACUAGCAAAAUUCAAAAAAUUCCAAAUAAAAUUUGUGUGGUAGACAAUUUGAUG